AAACCAAUAUGUUCUAGAAACUGAAAACCAGGGUGUGUGACUUCUGCAUGAGGCAAAAUUUGGCAGUGUUGCACAAAGUAGCAUUAGUGCCUGAAGACCAAGAUGUGGAAGACGAGGCAAAGAAUAUCCAGAAUUAUUUGGAAAAUUUGUGUGAGAAAAAUCCACUAGUUGUUAAAGAAAUAUCAAAGAUCUACAUCCAGAAGGCACCCCUGCUGGCUGUGAACAAAGUGUCCUUCACUGUGCCACCACAAGAGUGCUUUGGCCUGCUUGGCAUCAGUGGGGCUGGGAAGUCUUGCAUUUUCAAAAUGCUGACUGGGCAGAAGCCCAUAACUUCUGGGGACGGCUUUGUCAAGGGCCUCAGUAUCGGCUCUGAUGUAGGGAAGGUACGGUGGUGGAUUGGUUACUGUCCUCAGUUUGAUGCUCUGCUGAACUUCAUGACAGGCCACGAGAUGCUGGUCAUGUAUGCCCGGAUCUGGGGCAUCCCAGAGUGCCACAUCAGUGCUUGUGUGGACCAGAUUAUUGAGGACUUAGUCAUGUACAUGUAUGCUGACAAGUUGGUCAAGACCUACAGUGGUGGGAACAAGAGGAAGCUGAGCACUGGCAUCGCCCUGAUUGGAGAGCCUGCCGUCAUCUUCCUGGACGAGCCAUCCACUGGCAUGGACCCUGUGGCUCGGCACCUGCUCUGGAAUGCGGUGGCAUGAGUCCGCGAGUCCGGCAAGGCCAUCGUCAUCACCUCCCACAGCAUGGAGGAGUGUGAGGCCCUGUGCACCCGGAUGGCCAUCAUGGUGCAGGGGCAGUUCAAGUGCCUGGGCAGCCCCCAGCACCUCAAAAGCAAGUUCGUCAGCCGCUACUCCCUGCGGGCCAAGGUCCGGAGCGAAGGGCAGCAGGAGGCGCUGGAGGAGUUCAAGGCCUUCGUAGACCUGACGUUUCCAGGCAGCGUCCUGGAAGAUGAGCACCAAGGCAUGAUCCAUUACCACCUGCCAGGCCAAAACCUCAGCUGGGUGAAGCCUGGCCACAGCAGCCUCCUCCCAGGUGUUUGGCACUCUGGAGCAAGCCAAGAAGAAGUACAUGCUGGAUGACUACGCAGUCAGGUCACCCUGGAGGACAUCUUUCUGAGCUUCGCCUGCCCUGUGCCCCUGGUCCGAAGUGGAGGCCAAUGAGAGCAGGCAGAGCACGCGGGCCCCUCAUUGUGCUCCCUGCCUCCCUCUCAGCCUCCCUCCCUGCCUCCCUCAGAGCCUGUCCUGCUAUAAUAAAGACAUCCCA